AUGAAAUAUAGGGCAACUAGGCUGGAGGAUCUGAUCCGUAUCCGAAUAGAUCCAUCACUCCCUCUAGCGAAGCCGGAUACUUCGAUCAUAGACAUCAGCCUCCUCGGAACCGUGUACACCGUGGAUCUUGCCAUUCAACAUUUUCGCCGUCAGAGGAAAUCUUUGAUUCUGAAAGCUAGCAUGAGCUCAUAUCUUGACCACAGGAAGGGACUCUUGCCCGUCAAAAUUUGGGGUGAGAGGGUUGAUGCGCUCGCUCAGGCGCACCCCAUGGCUCCACCCGAUUCGAGUCAACACGGCAUCUCCCUGGAAGAUGCCUGUGCAGCAGUUCUAAAAAUCGCAUCUGAUAGAAGUGUCAACAGACCCUCGUUGGGAGUUUUCCAAAAAGAUGAUUGCGCAGGAUUGGAGUUAGAGCAGGACGAUCGUCCUGGGGGUAGCAUCCUCCAAAAACUGCAAGAUAUGGCUAACCCCCUUGAAGAGCGGAACGCUGAUACAUUCCUUCAGGCGGCUCGUGCCAAGGGAAUGAACUAA